AAGUUUUGUUUGAAAGUGUGAUAGAAGUAAUUGCGCACACUCCCAUUCCUUCUCCUCCUCCUCCUCCUUUCACCUCUUUUCUAUAUCAGUAUCCUGUUCUUCUCAGUUCUGACCCAAACUUCUAACAUAUUUUUCUCUCGUUUUUUUCACAUUUUCUCUCUCCUCUUUCAAAUUCCAAUUCCCUCCUAAAACCCCCGCCUAAACCUCUUUCUCUCUCUAAAACCAUGGAUUCUUCUUUGAUGAAGUUAUGCCGACGAUUACAGAGUUUAGCCAAGCUUUUCCGCUUUGUCGAGGUCUGUAUUUUACUCGUUUUUCUCUCGUGGUUAUCAACUCGUCUUCCAUUCGUUGUUAGAAUCUCCGGCGAAUAUUUUCGGAAACUUAUCUCUCUUAUUUUAAGUCCAAUCUCCAUUUUUUUCCUUGGAAACGCCAUUGUUGUAACUCUUUUAGCGAAAUCUGGUUUAUUCUCCGGCGAAUCUUCGUCGAUUAUUGACAAUGCUCUCACCGAACUCUGCGAUGAGUUCCGAUAUGAAGAUUCCGAUGAAUCUCCUGUUUUACUCAAAGAAGAGGUAGUUUUCCAGGAUAAGGAGAUUAUCUGUGAAGAAAACACAAAAUCGGCGAUUCCGAAGGUUGUUGUAAUUGAUGAGGUGAAUGAGGAUGAGAAUGAGGUUUUUGUAAAAGAAAUGGAGGUUAAACCGAUGUACAGAAGGAGUCAAUCGGAGAAAUUGAAGAGAGAGAGUGAAAAAAUGGAGGAGAGUAAGGAGAAACUCCGGCGAUCAGAAACGGAAAUUUGUUGGAGAAGUUUCGGAUGCGCCGAAGAAUCGGAGGAUUUUUCGGACGACGGAAUGAGUAACGACGAAUUCCGGCGAACGAUAGAGGCGUUCAUUGCGAAGCAGGUGAGUUUUCAUCGUGAAGAGCGGCUUUCUGUCGUUCUCCAUGGCAAAGCCUAGAAGAGAGAGUUAAAGAGUGCAGAAAGUUGUUUUCCCCAAAAAAAAACUAAAAAAAAAGAAAGAAGAAAUUGAGAUUUGCUAUUAUUAUAUCUUAAUUUUCCAGGUUUUAGGGGGAAAUGGAAAUUUUCAGCUAAUUUCUGCUGCUUUUCGCUUGUCAUUAUGUCAGUGGAUAUGGUAGUAGUAGUAGUACCAAUGUAGUACUAUUUGGACUAUGUACAGUGGCACAGUGCUACAACUAUAUGAUCCAAGACAAGAGUGUUCUCAACUCUUUGUGGUAACUUUUUGUUUUAGAAUAAUCAUUUAGUAGUUAGGGAGUUGAUUAGGGAUUUAAUAAGGUGGAUAAUUCAUUUACCAAGUUCAAAUAUGAGGAACAAAUUUUCCAAAUAUUUUACUACAUUGGAAU